AUGGUCGCGGCACACACCUCCAGCCACCCGUCCGCUUCUGCUGAGUGGAUCAUCUGUCUGGAUAAGAGACCGGAGGAGCGUUCGGGGGAGGAUGUGGACAUUAUCUUGGCCCGUCUGAAAAGUGUGAAGGCCUUUGAGAAGUUCCACCCUGCUCUACUUCAGCAGAUCUGUCUGUGUGGCUUCUACGAGUGUCUGGAGAAAGGCAUCACAUUGUACAGGCAGGGUGACAUCGGGACUAACUGGUACACCGUCCUGUCCGGUUCUCUAGAUGUCAAAGUCUCGGAAACAGCAAACCAUCAGGAUGCUGUCACCAUCUGUACACUGGGCAUCGGCACAGCUUUCGGGGAGUCUAUUCUGGACAACACGCCUCGGCAUGCCACCAUUGUCACCCGAGAGUUCUGUGAACUACUGCGGAUUGAGCAGAAGGACUUUAGGACCCUGUGGGAGAAUUAUCGUCAGUGUAUGGCUGGUCUGCUGGUCCCUCCCUAUGGUGUUAUGGAGAGCGGCCCAAAUGCUGACAGAAUGCCUGACAAAGACAAUCUGAGCAACAGUUCUCCCGGAUCAUCAUCCAAACACUUAAAUAAGAAAUCAUUCAUUCAGAGUCCCACCAAACUUCACCCCGAAUCCAUUACUCGGGGGGUUGAGAACGUGGAACAGUUCCAUGAGCGUUCAUGUACUGCUGGGCCAACUUGGCGGCUUCCAGUCCUGAUGUUGGCUCGUGCUCCUUCACCCAGGCAGUGCUGUAUGGGCAUGGAGCUCGUUGAUUGGCUGAUGCAGCACACUUCCUGUGUUCACUCUCGUGUUCAGGCUGUAGGGAUGUGGCAGGUGCUGCUGGAGGAGGGAGUCCUAAACCACGUGGACCAGGAGCUGAGUUUCCAAGAUAAGUAUCUGUUUUAUCGCUUCCUGGACGAUGAGACCGAGGACGCACCCCUCCCCACUGAGGAGGAGAAGAAAGAGAGUGAUGAAGAACUACAGGACACCCUCCUGCUCCUCUCUCAGAUCGGACCUGACGCCCAUCUGCGAAUGAUCCUGAGUAAACAGCCUGGCCAGAGGACAGUAGAUGACCUGGAGAUCAUUUAUGAGGAGCUGCUGCAUAUUAAAGCCUUGUCACAUCUGUCCACCACUGUGAAGAGGGAACUUGCUGGUGUUCUGAUAUUUGAGUCCCACGCCAAAGCAGGCACAGUGUUGUUUAAUCAAGGGGAGGAGGGCACAUCAUGGUACAUCAUCCUGAAGGGCUCCAUUAACGUGGUGAUCUAUGGAAAGGGUGUAGUUUGCACGUUACAUGAGGGAGAUGACUUCGGGAAGCUGGCUCUGGUCAAUGACGCACCUCGGGCAGCGUCUAUCGUACUGAGAGAGGACAACUGCCACUUUCUGAGAGUGGAUAAAGAAGACUUCAACAGAAUCCUCAGGGAUGUGGAGGCAAACACGGUCCGUCUGAAGGAACAUGAGGAGGAUGUGUUAGUUUUGGAGAAAACUAAAAACAGGAGCUCCAGUUCCUCUCCUCUCAAGUACACGGUGAUGUCAGGAACUCCAGAGAAGAUUCUGGAACAUCUUCUGGAGACAAUGAAGCUCGACUCCCAGUUCACAGAGUCAGAUCCUGCUCUGGAUGACUUUUUGCUUAUGCACUGUGUUUUUGUCCCAAACAGUCAGCUGUGUCCACUGCUCAUGGCCCACUAUCAUGCUCAGCCGUCUCAGGGCAGUGAACAGGAGCGGAUGGACUACGCUCACAAUAACAAGCGCAGGGUGAUUCGCCUGGUCUUACAGUGGGCCGCCAUCAACACAGACCACCUGCAGGAGGAGGACAGCUCUUUCAACUUCCUCCAGGAGUUUAAUGAGACAGUGUGUGAAGAUUCCGGACGCAUCCCAGCUCUGAAAGACCAGCUGCCUGAACUAGUGAAGAUCAUCAAACAGAACUGUGAGGAUGGCCGGCCUUCUCAGAAAAAGCACAAAGUCCUGCUGCGUCAGUUCAGCACAGGGAACGACAGACUGCAGAAGAAACAGCCGAUCAGAAGCACAGAUGAGAUCCUCUUUAAGGUGUACUGCAGUGAUCAUACCUACUCCACUAUCCGAGUGCCUGUCGCUGCAUCUGUCAGAGAGGUCAUCGCCGCUGUUACCGAUAAACUGGGGUCAGGAGAUGAUCUUCUGCUCAUCCACCUCAACUCAGCCGGAGAUAAAGAGCUUCUAAAGCCAUCUGAUGUGUCCAUCUUCUCAUCACUGAGUAUUAAUGGCCGUCUGUUUGUCUGCCCGAGGGAGCAGAUCGACUCUUUGCAUGAGCUGAUCUACCACACGUUUGGCCGUCAGCAUUUCAAGAAGACCACGGCUAAUCUGGAUCUGUUCCUGCGGCGCUUUAAUGAGGUUCAGCUGUGGGUGGUCACAGAGGUUUGUUUGUGUCCCACGCUCAGCAAACGCGUCCAACUGCUCAAGAAGUUCAUCAAGAUCGCAGCGCACUGUAAAGAGUUUAAGAAUUUGAACUCAUUCUUUGCCAUUAUCAUGGGUCUGGGAAACCCGGCGGUCUGUCGGCUCAGUCAGACAUGGGAGAAACUGCCCAGCAAGUUCAAGAAGUUUUAUGGCGAGUUUGAAAACCUGAUGGAUCCCUCCAGAAAUCACCGAGCGUAUCGACUUACAGUGGCCAAGUUAGAGCCACCUAUCAUUCCCUUCAUGCCUUUAUUAAUUAAAGACAUGACUUUCACACAUGAAGGUAACAAGACGUUUACUGACAGAUUGGUGAACUUUGAGAAAAUGAGAAUGAUUGCAAACACAGUCAGAAUCAUGAGAUACUGCCGAAGUCAGCCAUUCAAUCAAGAAGCACCGCAGGCGACUGGUAAAAGCCAUCAGGAUGUGCGGAGCUAUGUGCGUCACAUUAGCGUGAUUGACAACCAGCGUACCCUGUCCCAGCUGUCCCACAGACUGGAGCCGCGCCGGACCUGAUCCCCGGCCCUCAGUGCUGCUUCACCUCUGCCAGUCAAUAAGCUCUAGCUGCACAUGAACAGAAGCCUUCCUCCGCUCUGCUGCAGCAGAUGCACACACAAGGGCUUUGCCUUUCUUUGGCUGCUUGUGUGAAAGCGUGGCUUCAUUUCAGUGUACGGCUGUGGAUGUGCAGACCUCUGUUUAUGACCUUGCCUAUAUUCUGCCACGGAUCAGAUGUCCCCCUCUCUUUCAGAGUUUGUUUGCAGCAGUUGGCCACCUUACAUGGUGGUUUAGAAUUUGUAAUCAUGAGCUUAUUGAAAAUGAAGUU